AUGCCUCGUGUUGCAGAGAAGAGGCAGUCUGAGGCUAACCGGAUCAGAGAGAAGUACCCUGACAAAAUUCCAGUGAUUGUUGAGAAGGCUGAGAGGAGUGAUAUUCCUGACAUCGACAACAAAAAGUCAGUUCUCAACUUUUCUAAGUUAAUCAUAACCGUUAUACAGAUAUGUUGA